AUGAACGCUAGCGGCCCUGGCUACCCGUUAGCCUCUCUCUACGUGGGGGACCUCCACCCCGACGUGACCGAAGCCAUGCUCUACGAGAAGUUCUCGCCUGCUGGGCCCAUCAUGUCCAUCCGAGUCUGCCGGGACGUUGCCACGCGCCGAUCGCUGGGCUACGCCUACAUAAACUUCCAGCAGCCCGCGGAUGCUGAGCGAGCCCUGGACACCAUGAACUUUGAAGUCAUCAAAGGCCGUCCCAUCCGCAUCAUGUGGUCCCAGCGGGACCCCGGGCUCAGGAAGUCAGGGGUUGGAAAUGUCUUCAUCAAGAACCUGGACGAUUCCAUUGAUAACAAGGCCUUGUACGACACAUUCUCCGCCUUCGGAAACAUCCUGUCAUGCAAGGUGGUUUGCGAUGAAAACGGCUCCCGUGGCUAUGGCUUUGUUCACUUUGAGACGCAGGAGGCAGCGACUCGCGCCAUCGAGACCAUGAACGGGAUGUUGCUGAACGACCGGAAGGUAUUUGUUGGCCAUUUCAAAUCCCGCAAAGAGCGUGAGGCAGAGUUUGGGGCUAGAGCGCUGGAGUUCACCAACGUCUACAUCAAAAACUUUGGGAGCGACAUGGAUGAUGACAGGCUGCGGGAAAUAUUCUCCAGGUUUGGAAAGACACUGAGUGUCAAGGUCAUGAUGGACAGCGCUGGCCGCUCAAAGGGCUUUGGGUUUGUCAACUUUGAGACGCAUGAAGAAGCCCAGAAGGCCGUGGCUGACAUGAACGGCAAGGAGAUCAACGGGCGGCUGGUGUACGUGGGCCGAGCCCAGAAGCGGGUUGAGCGCCAGAGUGAGCUGAAGCGGAAGUUUGAGCAGAUCAAGCAGGAGCGAGUGAGCAGGUACCAG